GUACAUCAUCAAAUAGCGCCGAAGCGGAACCACGGCACGCGGCAGCUAUGGCGCUGUUCCACAUAGCGCGGUACGCCGGCUCGGAGGCUGCGGGGCCGGGAGAUACGGAGGCAGAGGCGGGUAGCCGGGCUCGAGUGCUGCUCGAGCGGUUGCAGAACAGAGCCCGUGAGCGACAGCAGCGGGAGCCGGAGCUCGAGUCAGGUUCGGCAGCUGCGGCCGGCAGGCGGCGACGGCGGCCCCGACGGCGGCGUAGGGUGAGCGGCUCGGUGACUCAGAACCCGGAGGCUCCUAGGGCGAAGCGGCAGAAAGCAGACGAGGACGUGGAGGAAGGAACUGGUGAGGAGGUUCCGGAGGAGCUCAGUGCCCGCGCAGAGAACCCAGGUGCGAGCCCUCAGGAGGAUGUUCAGAGACCCUCGGCUCCAGGCCGGGUGCUGGGGGACUUUGCAAGAAGGAAGACACCGAAAGUCCAGCCGUUCCUGCCAGCAUGGUUGGCUAAGCCAAGCUGUGUCAAGAAGAGUGUCACUGAGGACCUUACUCCUAUUGAGGACAUCCCUGAGGUUCACCCUGACUUGCAGAAGCAAUUGAGAGCUAAUGGCAUCUCUUCCUACUUUCCAGUCCAAGCAGCUGUGAUUCCUGCCCUCCUUGAGAGUGCUGACAACGGGUUUCUGAUAGGCAGAGGUGGCUACCAACCUAGUGACCUCUGCAUUUCUGCCCCAACAGGCAGUGGGAAAACACUGGCCUUUGUCAUCCCUGUGGUACAAGCCCUGUUGCAUCGAGUGGUGUGCCACAUCCGUGCACUGGUCGUGCUUCCCACUAAGGAGCUGGCCCAACAGGUGAGCAAAGUAUUCAACAUCUACACGGACACCACACCUCUGCGGGUUGCCUUGGUGACUGGACAGAAGUCACUGGCCAAGGAGCAGGAGAGCCUUGUCCAGAAGACAGCAGAUGGUUUCCGUUGCCUGGCUGACAUUGUGGUGGCCACACCUGGCCGCUUGGUGGACCACAUUGACCAAACUCCAGGAUUUAGCCUGCAGCAGCUCCGCUUCCUGAUCAUUGAUGAGGCUGACCGGAUGAUAGACAGCAUGCACCAGUCCUGGCUGCCACGAGUGGUGGCAGCAGCCUUCUAUAGUGAGGGCCCCACAGGUUCCUGUGCCUUGCUCCAGAGGACACAGCCCCAGGCUGUGACUGCUGCCAGCACCUGCGUUCCCCAGAUGCCUCUACAGAAGCUGCUGUUCUCAGCCACACUGACCCAGAACCCCGAGAAGCUGCAGCGUCUCGGCCUCUACCAGCCAAGGCUUUUCUCCACAAGGCUGGGACACCAAAGCCCUAAAGACACAGUUGAGAGGGAUGAAAACUUGGGAAAGUACGCCUUCCCUGUGGGGCUCACGCAUCACUAUGUGCCAUGUAGACUCGGCUUGAAGCCACUCAUUGUCUUCCACCUGGUCCUUGGGAUGAACUUCUCUAGGGCUCUUUGCUUCACCAACUCCCGAGAGAAUUCCCACAGGCUCUUCCUAUUAGCACAAGCUUUUGGGGGUAUGAGUGUGGCUGAAUUCUCCUCCCGCUAUGGGCCUGGCCAAAGGAAGAAAAUCUUGAAGCAAUUUGAACAGGGAAAGAUCCAGCUCCUUAUCAGCACAGAUGCUACUGCUCGAGGCAUUGAUGUACAGGGUGUGGAGCUGGUGAUCAACUAUGAUGCGCCACAGUACCUGAGGACCUAUGUGCACAGGGUCGGGAGAACAGCCCGAGCCGGGAAAACAGGACAGGCCUUCACACUUCUCUUGAAAGUGCAGGAAAGGAAGUUCCUUCAGAUGGUGUCAGAAGCUGGGGUGCCUGAGCUGACACACCAUGAGAUCCCCAGGAAGCUCCUGCAGCCACUGGUUGCUCGUUAUGAGACAGCCUUGUCUCAGCUGGAGAAAACUGUCAAGGAGGAACAAAAGCUGAAGGCAGCCUAGAUGGGAACAGGGCCCUGCUGAACAUCCUGCUGAAAUGAAUGUUUCGUGUGAACAGAAGAUAAGUUCCUUGGGGUUCCAGUGGAAACAACUCUUCUCCCCAGCACGAUGGGCAUCUGGUUGUCUUGAGUCAGGCAGCCUAGAUGGUGGCCUAGUCCUAAAAAGAAAUGGCUCUUGGGUUGGACUGCUGGUGUUAUGUUGGUCUUUGGAAGUAAGCCCAGAUGAAGCUAAAGAAUGCCUUCAGGAGUGUGACCAGAAACUAUGGUGACUACAAAUUAAAGUGCUUAUACUUUAGCAUCUCGUGUCUACAGAGAAGCUAUGGUGACCCUAUACCAGGCAAGUCAUUAGAGUGCAUUAGGUUGGCAGCAGCCUUGAAUAUACUUCCUCUUAUAAUUAGCCACAACCCAUUUAAGUUCUUAAACGAUGGGAGAGUCCUUCUCUGAAUAUAGUCAAGGAGAUUUAGCACUUACCUGUGCUUUUAAGAAAGCCUGUUUUUAAAAUGUCUGUGUAUCAAAAAAGGUAGACAUGUUCAUUUUGUUGUUUUUUGAUUGUUUUUUGGAUUUGGUUUUUUCGAGACAGGGUUUCUCUGUAUAGCCCAGGCUGUCUUGGAACUCACUCUGUAGACUAGGCUGGCCUCGAACUCAGAAAUCCGCCUGCCUCUACCUCCCAGAGUGCUGGGAUUACAGGUGUGUGCCACCACUGCCCGGCUUUUUUGUUUGUUUAGACAGUUGCUUCCUCCUAUAUGACUUGUGCCACUAAUGCACCUGUGGGCAUAUCUUGUCAGGCUAGUCAUUAUUGCAGCUCACGGGAUUCACAGCUAGUAAAGGUUUUCUCUCCAGCUAGCCAGAAGGGAUGAAGCAGUCAGAUUGAGUGCCAUCCUGUUUGCUGUCUGUGUUUGAUGAUAUAAGUAUGUGGUAUGUUGUUCGACAAUAAGGUCUUACUGUUAAGUUCUGUUCUGGAGGGUAGCCAGAGCACUGGUAACAGUAUGCACGUUUGGGAGUUUAUGGCCAACAGUUCAAAUAGGUAACCCAUUCCUGGGGUUAUUUGCUAGCAUGUGUUACCUUGUUGGGAUAUUAUGCCCCCAACACCCCAAUAUAGGAUAACUCCAUUUAAACUUGUAUGUAUGUGUAUAUAUUAGAACAUACUUACAGAAGGUUUUUCAAAAGGCCUUUAGGCACACAAGAGGGCAUUGGAUCCCAUUACAGAUGGUCGUGAGCCACCACGUGGCUGCUGGGAAUUGAACUCAGGAACUCUGGAAGAACAGUCAGUGCUCUUAACUGCCAACCUGUAUCUCCAGCCCCAGUUGCAUCUAAUUACUUGAAAAAUGUUUUAGAUUUCAAACAACUGAAAAUUCCAUGGUGUAAAUGUAGCACGUUUUCGUCCUUUCAUCGGUUGAUGGGCUUCAAGGUGUUUGAAGUCUCAAAGUAGUUUCCCAUUUCCCUGUGGCUCAGGGUGGUCAACAUAAAGUUUCUCAGACAUUCCAUUAAAAAAAUACUUAUGGAUG